AUGCUGCAUACUUUCUCGGGCUUUUUCCUCUCCACCCUUCUUCUAGGAUCCACCGUCAAUGGUGUCGUUAUUCCAAACCAAGAUGGCCAUCAAUUAGAAAAAAGAACUGGAAGCAGCGGUUGCAACGCCGACAACUUGCUCCGUCUCAUUCGCGGCCAGGACAAUCUACCACAGGGACUCGAAUUCUGUAGUACCUGGCUCGGAAAGGUCCAUACGACCAUUACCCUUGUCGGGGAGACCAUCACACCCACCAUCACCAAUACCGAAGUAUCAUCCACCACAUCCACCGAUCUCAGCACUGAGAUAUCAACAAUUACAAAUACAGCCUACACCACUGUCACAAACACCCAGACAUUUACCGAAACCCAAGAAACCUUCACAUUUACCAAAUUCAAACACAGACGUAUACGUGCUGCAACGGCUCGACCAUUAUCAGACCAAAUCCUAUCGAAUACCUAUCCAGCAUCUAGGAUCUCUAGUGCUUGCAAUUGUCUUACUUUGCAACCUCCUACUACUGCCACUGUCUAUUCGACCGAAACGGCUGCGCCGGUCACUUCGGUUGUUGUUGUUCCUGCUUUGACGGAAACUUCUAUAACUAUUACGGAUUUUGUGUCGGUGACGACCACUAUCACAUCAGAGGCGACUAAGACAGUAACCAAGACGGUUUGGGAUGACUAG